GCAUCAAUUUUCAGUUGAGUUUGUACAGUCACGGAGAUUACACGGGAACCUCGCCCUAGGAUCUCUGUGCUACACAAAGGAUCAUAAAAUCCACUUGGUGAAAAGCCUCCACUUGCUGCAUAGGCAAUGUGCAGAAAUUAGUUUUUCCUUGGGUGUUGUCCUGUGAAAUCCGCGUCGCGCUCGGGUAAAUCUAUUUCCGACGGAUAGUGAGUGAAAAUUUAGUUCGUUGAAUAAAUGUGAAAUCUCCUAUUCCAGCAAAAUUUGUUCCAAGUUUUAUUGUUCAUCAGUCGGUCGCACCUCGUUGGGAAAUGUGUGCCCAUUUGAAUUGGCGGAUUCGAGAUUAACUUUAACAUACGACUAGAUCAACCAGACAGGUUCAGAGGAAGAAAACUAGUAUUCACGUUUUACGCGUUUGUUAAAUUUACCGUCGAAGAGUGUGAUUCCGCGAGUGUGCAUUUUCUUUCAGGUAAACACCAUCUUGUGAUAAUAUAAAGAGGAUUUUACCGGACAGAAUAAAUCAUAAUGAUCAGUAUCUGGUACAACAACAAUGAUCUAAGGCGUGACUGGAUUCGUGUAGCUGGACGAUAGUACCCGUUAUACCCUAAUAAGGGGUUUCGUCCAAAGGUUAGACAUCCAACCGAACCAAGCAGUGCUCAGUUGAACUCAUCGCUACAACAACAGCAACGUCGCCACAGUCACCAUCAGCAACAGCUGCAGCAACAGUUACAACAACAGCAACCAACAGCAUCAACAUCCACCUCAGCUACAUCCGUCUCAUCCAACCAAACAUCUACAGUCCGUUCAUCGUCCGAAGGCUCAAAGGUUAUGGGCAAACACGAAAUGAAGCGCGGAAUAUCACAGAGAUCGUCGGAUGCUGGAGACUCUCCCAAGCAUUACGGCUCAGCAUCGUCCAAUUUAGUCGGAAAGUUCACCCAGAGCGUGCGGCGGAUCGUGCAAGAUGUCAAAGAUGAAGGAUCGCCAAGUGGUAUGAGCCGGGAGGAACUGAUUGAAACCAACGAGCGACUGAGAGCGGUUCGCAUACGUUUGGAAGAGUCAUACGAUACUGCGAAAAAAGCGUUAGUGACCCUGAUGAACAAGUACGGAGACUCCAAGAGCCAGCGAAACGUAUUCAAUCGUUAUCCGAUGCUGAAGUUGAUGAUAAAGGACGUUAUUCGGCUGGAAACACAAUACUGGACGCUGGUGGAAAUCCCCAAGCAAGAAAAGCUCGAAACUGUCCCUGCCUUCGUGCUGCGCGCCUGCAGCAUAAUGGAAAAGUCGCAAAAGUCGGGCGAAGGUGUCAAAACGUCGGCCAAGCUAGCGGAGGAGGCGGCCGAGAAGCGGGAACGGAUGGAGCGUCUGGAAAUGAUGACGACCGCACAGAUAGAGCAGGAAAAUACGCAAAUGAUCAAUGAUUUGUACCGCUUGCUGAAAAAAUAUACCGGCUUGAGAAACCUUAUCCGCGAACUGAAGUCUGAGUAUGGGAACUCUAAAAUCUACCCAAUUUUUCCACGAUACACGAUGCUAAAGGAUAUGAUCAAGGAUAUUAUGCACGACCCUGACUACAUGGAGGUUUGCCACGAGCGCACAUGAAGGCGAGUAAGGCAAAGCUGCCCGCUUCAUUUUCGUAUGAUGUUCAAGCGAUGGUACACAGUAGGCUGUGAAAUACUACUAAUUUUCCAGUAUAGAUCCUUUAAAUAACGCAAUAGUCCCAAGCAAAGCUUGGACUCUGGACUUUUUCCCGACGCGUCAAAAGUUUUUGAUUGUGCCAGUUUCAUCCAGCGUACGUUCAAGUAACAAUGGUUUACAGAAUAACCAAAUCGAAUGACAACACAAGCUUAGCUCAUUUUAAUGCGAAAUGCGAUGACUAAUCACAACAAAAACGCAAGACAUCCCACCCCAUCAAAACUAUCUUUACCUAUACACUGUAAAAGUUUACUAUGUAAUAACAAAGCAACUGAAAGAAUCAUCGCGAUAACAAAAUUCUGAAACAUCCCACCUUUCGAUGUGACAUGAGUAAGCAAAUAUAAUGAAAUAAUAUUUACACAUGAUACCGACUCAAGAAAAAAAAAGUAUAAUUUUUCGUUUUCAAGCUCACUAUUUUGUAUACUUCAGCCAAACCAAAUUAAACGCAAACUUAAAAUAAUACAACACUACUACUGACUUUUUAAUAGAUGAGGAAAAAAAUACUACUGACUUUGCCACAUUUCUGGAGGAGUCAUCAUAACUAUCAAGAGUAACACGAAAAAGACCAAUAUUAGCUACGACUAGACAAAGAAAAAUGGAGCAAAAUAAAUAAACAAAUUCGUAAUGGUAGAACGUACUACAGCAGUUGGCUCUUUAACUAAAGAUCGCUUUCCUCGUACCAGGAUAGAAAAGUGACAUUGAAAACCAUACUAGGCAUUAUCGUAAUGAAACAGACACGCCUGACCAAACAGGUCACACUUUGAUUUGCAGCAAUGAAAGUGCAAAGUUGCAAAAACGUAUAACAUACUACAAAGUACAUAGCAGAAUUAGGUUAACCAAACAGGACAUUCUUUCGGAAUUUUACAUUUACGUUAACACAAAGUGAAAGUGGCGGCUUAAUCGAGAUGGCGUUCGUUUUUGUGGAGCAGUAGAUUUGACGGGAAAACGUAAAAAAAAAAACAAAGUAGUUAGUGAUACAUAAUGAAAUUGAAACAAAACGCGACAAAUUUACAACAAAUAGUAAUCUUAGAAAGCAAGUCUCCAUUCAGAACCUACACCUCACUCUCUGUUCCACGAGAUGCGCGAUCCAGCCGUUGAAAUCGUUCGAACCUUAUUAAACAAUUAUUCAAAAUAAACCACUAAUACUGUGUUAAUUUAAACCAAAGAUGAGGUAUUUAGUUUACAACUGCGUUUACUGUCAGUUGCCAAAUUAAAUGAAAAUGGAAGCUUAUUGGCUGCUACCGAAUAACAAACUAUAAUAAAUAUUAGGUAUAUAAAAGCGAUAAAAUAAAUUGUACCGUAGAAUAGACUGGAACCCACUUCUAGGAGGUUUUCAGAAAUAAAAAAACGCAUUUGAUUGGCAGAGCUAAUCAGAUACAAAUAAGCAAGUUACAUUAGUUACUGUUACAAGUUGAUUCGAUUCCAGGUUCUCAUCUUAGAAAUAUGUGAACCAAAUUCUUCUUGUCCGCAUUAAAUUUAACCUGACAUACUCGCAGCACACGCUAUAGAAUUAAAUACGGUUAGCGAACAAUUCUCGCGUAAUUUCUCAAAGCAACCUAUCUAACAAUGAGAGACUCUCUUUGUUUACUUUCUCUUUGAUCAAUAAUUAUGUUAUUUUUCCAUAUUUCAUGACACUCAAUGCAAAGUAAGCAAGAUAGUAUAACUAUCUCUCGAUUAAGGGGAAGAAAGCUUAGAAAAUAUAUUUAUUUAAUGACGACGUAAUUAACGAAACAAAGUGAGAGAGGAGAGAAUCUGUCAUUGUUACUUAGGUCCCUUUGAAAAAUUACGCGAGAAUUGUUCUUUUGAGUCAGGAGCCGCACCGGCAAAAAAGUAGAAAAAUCGCAGAAUAGGACAGUCAUAGCUUCAUCCUAUUUGAUAUAUUCUUCAAAUCGCAGACCGCCUGCAUUCCUGAUGUCAGCAUAACCUCAUUGUUGUUUUUUUUUUUGCGCGGAAGGCUCACACCAAUGUAACAAGUUUACACAGAUUACAUUCGUUACUGGUUUUUGGACUACGCCAAAACUAAACUUUUUCAGCACCGCUCGGGGUACCCACGGGUUACCAACAACAACAUUCUACGAAGACCGCACACGCCUUUCUGCCAUUUGAACUGCGAUAAAAAUUAUCACGUUGAUUUCAUAUGAAUUUUAAUUACCCAACAUUGAUUUUUACAUUUCGUACAGUUGUAUAGAACCAACCAUUGUUUGGAAUCUGCCUCAUUAGCGUAGUCAAGGUCUGAUGUAGAAUCAUCUCAUGCAAAUCAUCCAAAGUCCGAUAUGCCCUCAACAUCUCUGUUCGUCAUCUGGAAUCAGUGACGUUUUUUUUUUUUGAAGUAGAAUACUUCUCUCAGGAAAUUCGGCUGCAUAGGGAUGUGAAAUGAAAAUCUAAAACCGAAAAAAGUGAAAAAAAUGUCCAAUUUCAAAUGCUAAUAAAUCGGUUAGUAUUCUAUGGAUUUCCUUCGUUCUUGCAGCAAAGAUUGGAAAAUCUUCUAAGAUUCUUCCCAAAAGAAGAUAAUUGUAAUUUUAUUAUUCACACUAUUGUACUAUUGAAAAUAAUCGAAAUGAAAAAUUCGACCUCUGAUUGGUCGUUAUAUGAUUGCUUCCCAAGCACGGUCCACAGAAUCAUAUACCUUUUAAUUUUAAACAUGCUAUUUGGCCUAUAAAAGAGCAUGUUUUAGCCGAAGCCGCUCACAAUAGUUCUAGACAGCGACAACAGCAGUCGUCCUCCCUUAGCAGCAGCACUAGCAGUGCAGUGGAUACCAGCGAUGGCGGAAAGCGGCCACAGCUGCGGCGUAGCUAUGGAUAGCGCACUAGUUGCAGCGAAUUCCAGCAACGAUAGCAGUUGGGCCAGCUGAUGCAGGGACAGUGGAUACCAACGGCAGCGUAUAGCGGCCACAACUGUAGCAUGGCUAUGGAUAGCGCACUAGUUGCAGCGGAUCUCAGCAUCGAUAGCGGCUGAUGCAGUGAGGCGAUGCAGUCUCCGUGCGAUAGUGGGCACUAGUAAAAGCAUUCAAUGAAAAGUUGACUCAUUUUGACAACACGUGAGCCGUCUAGUUUUGAGUGUUAAAUCAGCUUUUCACUGUUUAUUUUAUCACAACGAAUACUUUGUUCGCACUGUCAGUGAUAACGCAAAGAUGUGAUCGGUAUCUUAUCCGAACAAAAAACUUGUCCUUUUCAGGAUGAAAUAAAAACUUGAUUGAAAAGGUAAUAUUUUCUAAUGAGUUAAUUCACAUUUUUAAAUUUGUAAAUGUUAUAAAUUUUACUUUAUCUCCGUGUCUCAGAACGUAUUGAAUUAUCUUUUCGUUCAGUCAUGAACACGACAGCCGAAGUUUCAUUAUCUGCAUAAAAAUCAAUUUUUUGCAUAAUCAAAAUUCAAAAUCAAGCCCCAAUCAUGACAAGCAACUUACUAUUUUUAUUGAAAAUGAUCAAUCCUUGUUAAAGCGUAAAAUUCGAUUGAUCUGAUUAGUCAACGUUUAUUUAUUAGAAAAAAUGACUGACACGCAAGCAGCCGGGUUAUCUUUCUUGUAAAACUAUUCUACUUCAACCUUGCGGUCGUGGCUUUGCACGCAACCCUCCUGAUUUCUUGGUUUUUUAUUUUCAGAAGAACCAUUGUUUCAAUCAAUUUAUCCCUCCUCUUGAUCUUUAGUCUUCCUGGCUGAUCGUGCUAUACUUAUGUCUCAGAUCUGUUCGAUGUUUAACUUGACUCAGCAUUCUCCUUUUUCAAGUGCCUAAUUAUAAAAUACUUAGAUUAGCGAGAAACUGUUACUUUAAUGAUUCUAAACUACCCCAACGGAAAAUUUGUUGUAAGCACUCUGUUCACGAAACUCUUUCUGUACCUUUAUGUUAGUAGUUAACAGCUUUUUCUAGGCUAUCACAUCUCCUGUUAUUCGAUUUCUACUGCACUUGCUUUUUGUUGUGCCGCUGGACCAAAUAAUUUAUUGUAUGCAUAUUUAUAUACCUCCAGGUAUAAUCUAAUAUGAAGAUUUCGUUAGUACGAUAUUUCACAAUCAUUAAGCUUAAAACACACACGCAACAACCGAAAGUAGUCGUAAAUACGCAAGCGAAUUGGACUUUCAACUGAGGGCCGAUUUAUUUCGACGUUUAUACUGAGCAUACUGAGCGCACUACACGCUGCUCAUAAAAUUACCUAAUUUGAGUUUGAGUUUUUAGGUUUUGUAAGUUUUUGUUAUUUUAAUUUUUAAAUCUUACAGAAGAUUGUAUCGAAGCAUUUAUAACAUUUUACAAUAAUUGUAAUGAUUAAAAUACCCAACCGAAAAACGCGCAAAUUAGCACGAAAUCGAAAAUAAUCGAUCCGAAUCUUCUACAACAUUAACAUGGAAUCAAAGCAGGCGGUCUCAUACCUUAUCUUUUUAUCGAUUCUCUGAUCUAGAUGUUCAGCUGUUGGGAAAAAGUGUUAACAAAAAUGGUAGGUCAUAUAUUUUGUUACUUCAUUCUUGCAAUACAGUAAGAUCCAAGCAGUGCUGAAAUAGAUACACACAAAACGAAAAUCAAUCAAUUGAGUAACACAUGAUGUCUAGCAGGUGCAAGCAGGAAGUAGGAUGGGAAUAUAAUUCGUCAACAGUAGCAAUCGAACAUUGAAUAGCAAUGUUAAUAUUGUUUAUAUUAGGAGCUCAAUGUGGCGUUUAAACAAUAGAACGAACGUUAGGUACUAGGUUGCAGAUAAAGUUAUAACCGUGCCGGAAAAGGUUUGAUUUAGAAACAUUUAGAUUGUUAAGCAUGUCGAUACUCCCAAAUCAUAGAGGUGUUGAACUUACUUUGCUGGAUAUUUCCGUGAGUUUCGCACAUUCCAACAUUAGAACACUUAGUUAGCUUAGUUGAUGAUUAAGACAAGUUCAAUAGGAUGAGGUGCUCAAAUUUUUGCAUAUCACAGCGUGCAUUUGAUACAAUACCUUUAAACACGUCUUGAUUCAACAAACAUCGUUCUAAAGUUAGAAUGCACAUCAUCAACACACUGCUGGAGAAAUAUAGUAUUAUAAAUUAUAACUUGCGUUACCUUUUCAAAUCAUAUGCAUGAUAUGCACUUAUUUUCGCACUAUAUUUUAUGCAAUGGUUCAUCAAAAUUCACAAGAGGGGAUAGAUGGCCGGGCAGGAUUCACAAGCAGCCUUUUCUUAUAAAAGUCAUUUUGCCUGAAAGCGACAGUGGGUUACGUGAAACCAAUAUUUACAGUAUUGACCUUUUUACGACACAUUUAUGACAAUACACUGUCGUUGGAGAAUUAUAUUGCAGUUCGCUCUGUUUUCGAAAGCUGUCUACUAACACAUAUCAUAUUUAUUUGUUAUCAUAUAUAUAUAUAUAUUCGAUUAAACCCGCCGAUGAGAUUGAAAUAUUCGAACGAAUCGGCUGGUCGAAUCAAUUCUAAAAAAUUGACUUUAUUCAUCUAUUAUAUGAGUAAGCUGGCCGCAUAGGGUUUUAUUACACUUUUUUAGGAUUUAGAAAAACUUUAACCUAAAUUUCCUAUAGAACCAAUCUCAACCGAUUUCGUUUAAUUCCUAAGGUAAUUUUGCAAAACAGAGCUUAUAUCACGUACUCACUUAUCGAAAUCAUUUUAGCACUCAGAAACAUUUCUUCCAGUGUUUUUCAUUCCACUGAAUUUUAAUCCUAAUCCAACAUUGAAUAUUUGCAUAGAAAAUGUAUUUGUUCAUCAUAUAUUUGCGAAAUCACAGAUCUUUAGGAAUGAUUUUAAACGAAACGCCAUUGUUCGGUGCUAAUUACAUCAUUUUUGUCGAAAUAUAACAGAAAAACAUAAUAUACAAUUUACAAAUGUUUUCAAGCUGCGGUCGUUGUCAUAUAAAAGAAAUGUCACAGAAUAUUCUAAUUUUGAAUCGCUUUGCAUUUGAGCAUCUUAUUCUACAUCCGAGAUCUGUGACUUUUUCUAUUUUGAUUGUUAUUCUUGUUGAUAAUUUUCUCGAAUACAUUUUUUGCAAACAUUCGACAUUAUUAUUGAAUGCGAUAUUCCAGUGCACGUACACUCUCGUAAAGAUUUCAAAUGCUUUAUAAAUGCAGUACUCUGAAAAACACGCUAUAACAAACCAUGUCCUUAAACACAAAUGCUUAUGUGUCUAGAAUAACCAUGAUCCACGGAAUAUCCCUAAAACAUAAAAUUUAUUAAUUAAUCCCAAACAAAAAUAAACACAGAAAGCUUUAUCUUACAAAUAAUACUAACAAUAUUAAUAACAAACAAAUCCAAUUGAAAGUGUCCAACAACCUCGACCCAAAACAAUAAAUGUGUUUUCAUUUUAAGCGAAAUGAAACGAUCGGUUCAAAAUGAGGAAUCAACCCAAAGCAUACCCCUGACCCCUCCGUAUUUCAAGUAAAGAAAAAAAGACAAAACACAAACUCUUACAAAACAUAUACACACAACAGCAAAGCACCCAUCAUUACCACCGGAAGGAUAUCUCCUUCAACGCGAAGAUCUACUUCUCACAGAAAAGAAGUCGAGAAGUCAACAUCAAUUGUAUUACACUGUUAAAAAAGCACUUUGACACGCAAGUUCAAGUAAACACCCAAGUCAAUAGUAAAGAGGAGGUUAGCACCAAAAAUUUCACAUAGUAACAUCAAAACGGUUGAAAAGCUACAUGAAUCAUGCACAAAUGAGGCAAAACAUUUGCAGCAGCACACAAACAUGCAGAAAAAAAAUCAAACUGGCUGGAGCUUCUACGCGAGUAUGACGCUACAUGAAAAAAUUUGAAACAGCUACCGAAAGGGGGCUAGAAACGGCAUAUAACAAACCGAAAUAAUGGUUGAGCAUAAUGAAACAUUGUGUAAGUGUAUGCUAAACGUAUUUUUGAUUAUUAUUUAUAUGGAAGUGGAAAUAUAAGUUAUUUACAAAUUGUGAAA